AUGGAGCUUGGAUAUAACAAAUUUCAAGGACCCUGUCCUGGUGAAUUAUGUUAUUUAUUGAACUUAGGACAAUUAAGUUUGAGCAGCAAUCUGCUUUCUGGUAGACUUCCUAGUUGCAUAGGGAAUAUUACUUCCUUAAGAUAUCUAUAUCUGGACUCCAACAAUUUAAGUUUUAACUUGAUCUCAAAUUUGUGGAGACUCAGGGAUAUCUUGGAGCUCAAUUUGUCCACAAAUUCUUUCAGCGGUUCUUUUUCCUCUGAAGUUGAAAAUUUGAAGGCACUAAUAAUUGUGUACCUGUCUGUCAAUAACUUUUUUGGAGAUAUUCCCACAGCCAUAGGAGCACUACAGAGUUUACAGGCACUAUCCUUGAAGCAUAAUAGGCUGCAAGGAUUUAUUCCGGAAUCUAUGAAGAAUAUGUUGGAAUUACAGUAUCUGGAAUUGUCAUUUAACAAUUUGACUGGUGAAACUCCCAAUUCACGGGAAGUACUCCAGAAUCUUGUAUACUUCAAUGUGUCCUUCAACAGAUUUAGAGGACCAAUUCCACAUGGAGGACCUUUUGCCAACUUUACGAAGCUAUCUUUUCUCUCAAACGAAGCAUUGUGUGACGCUCCUUGA